AUGUUCCUCACUUGCCCUGGCUUCUGGGUCCUCGUGGUCCUAGGCACCAGCUGGGCAGGCUGGGGGAACCUAGGGGCUGAAGCAGCGAGGCUAAGGCAGUUCUACGUAGCUGCUCAGAGCAUCAGAUGGAACUACCGACCCGAGUCCACACACCUUAGUUCGAAACCUUUUGAAACCUCCUUUAAGAAAAUUGUCUACAGGGAGUAUGAAGCAUAUUUUCAGAAAGAAAAACCACAAUCCAGAACUUCAGGACUUCUUGGGCCUACUUUGUAUGCUGAAGUUGGAGACAUCAUGAAAGUUCACUUUAAGAAUAAAGCACACAAGCCCUUAAGCAUCCAUCCUCAAGGAAUUAAGUACAGUAAAUUCUCAGAAGGUGCGUCUUACUCUGACCACACACUGCCCGUGGAGAAGAAGGAUGAUGCUGUAGCUCCAGGCCAAGAAUAUACCUAUGAGUGGAGUAUCAGUGAGGACAGCGGGCCCACCCACGAUGACCCUCCAUGCCUCACACACAUCUAUUACUCCUAUGUAAAUCUGGUAGAGGACUUCAACUCUGGACUGAUUGGACCUCUGCUUAUUUGUAAGAAAGGUGCCCUAACCGAGGAUGGAAUUCAGAAAAUGUUUGACAAGCAACAUGUACUGAUGUUUGCUGUGUUUGAUGAAAGUAAAAGCUGGAACCAGACAUCAUCCUUAAUGUACACAGUCAAUGGCUAUGUGAAUGGGACGAUACCAGAUAUAACAGUCUGUGCCCAUGACCACGUCAGUUGGCAUCUGAUUGGAAUGAGCUCUGGGCCAGAACUGUUCUCCAUCCAUUUCAAUGGUCAGGUCUUGGAGCAGAACCGUCGUAAGAUCUCAGCCAUCACUCUAGUCAGCGCCACGUCCACAACUGCAAACAUGACCGUGAGCCCUGAGGGAAGGUGGACCAUAGCUUCUCUCAUCCCCAAACAUUUUCAAGCUGGGAUGCAGGCUUUCAUAGACAUUAAAAACUGUGCAAAGAAAACCAGAAAUCCUAGGAAACUAACUCGAGACCAGAGGCGGCACAUUAAGAGGUGGGAAUACUUCAUCGCUGCAGAGGAAGUCAUUUGGGACUAUGCACCUAUAAUACCAGCAAGCAUGGACAAAAAAUACAGAUCUCUGCAUUUGGAUAAUUUCUCAAACCGAAUUGGAAAACAUUAUAAGAAGGUUGUCUACAAACAGUACCAAGAUGACUCCUUCACCAAACGCCUGGAGGAUCCCAGUAGCGAAGGAGAUGGGAUCUUGGGCCCUAUUAUCAGAGCCCAGGUCAGAGACACACUGAAAAUCAUGUUCAAAAAUAUGGCCAGCCGCGCCUACAGCAUUUACCCUCACGGUGUGACCUUCUCUCCUUAUGACGAUGAAGUCAACGCUUCCUCAACCUCAGGCAGCAACACCAUGAUCAGAGCAGUUCAACCGGGGGAAACCUACACUUACAAGUGGAACAUCCUAGAAUCUGAUGAACCCACAGAAAACGAUGCUCAGUGCUUAACAAGACCAUACUACAGUAAUGUGGACGUCACAAGGGACCUUGCUUCUGGACUGAUAGGGCUUCUUCUAAUUUGUAAGAGCAGAUCCUUGGAUAAACGAGGCAUACAGAGGGCAGCAGACAUUGAGCAGCAGGCUGUGUUUGCUGUGUUUGAUGAGAACAAGAGCUGGUACAUUGAAGACAACAUCUACAAGUUUUGUGAAAAUCCUGAGAAGGUGAAACGUGAUGACCCCAAGUUUUAUGAGUCAAACAUCAUGAGUACUAUUAAUGGCUAUGUGCCUGAGAGUAUACCCACAUUAGGGUUCUGCUUUGAUGACACCGUCCAGUGGCACUUCUGCAGUGUGGGAACCCAGAAUGACCUUUGGACCAUUCACUUCACUGGGCACUCAUUCAUCUAUGGAAAGAGGCACGAGGACACCUUGACCCUUUUCCCCAUGCAGGGGGAGUCCGUGACUGUCACAAUGGAUAAUGUUGGAACUUGGAUGUUAACCACCAUGAAUUCCAAUCCAAGAAGCAAAAAACUACGGCUGAGGUUCAGGGAUGCUAAGUGUAUCCGGAAUGAUGAUGAUGACUCCUAUGAGAUUAUAUAUGAACCUUCAGGAUCUACAGCCAUGACUACAAGGAAAAUGCAUGAUUCUUCAGAAAUCAAAGAUGAAAAUGAUGCUGACUCCGAUUACCAGGAAGAACUGGCUUCAAUUCUAGGUCUUAGGUCAUUCAGAAAUUCAUCACUGAAUCAGGAGAAAGAUGAGUUCAAUCUUACCGCCCUAGCUCUGGAGAAAGACUCUGAAUUCAUUCCUCCAAGUGCCAACAGAGGUCUUGGUUCAAAUUCUUCUUCCCCAAGAAAUGUUAGCAGGCUUAUUGCCAACAACUUUGCAGAACCUCUGAAAACUCUUCUGCACCUGGAAGCCCCUGCGGCUGGUCCUGCGCUGGAACACGCUGGCUUAGAUAAGAACUCAACUCUCAACCCUCCCAUGGAAGAGCAUUCCAGCCCUUAUUCUGAAGACCAUAGAGAAGAUCUUCCACUUUCAGAUGUCACAGGGAUAAGCCUACUUCCAUUUGGCACAGGAUUCAAAAAUCAAAAACCUGCCAAACAUCAAAGAUUCCAGGUAGGAAGAGGCCGAGCAGCAAAGCACAGGUUCUCCCAGACGGAAUCCCCAGCACAUAAAACCAGGACACAUUUAAGCCAAGACAACUCUUCUUCUUCCAGAAUGGGGCUCUGGGAGGACAUUCCCAGUGAUCUGUUACUCUUACAACAAAAGGAUCCAUCUAAGAUUCUGAAUGGAGAAUGGCAUUUGGUUUCUGAGAAAGGCAGUUAUGAAAUAAUCCAAGAUGCUAAUGAAAACAAGACUGUUGAUAAGUUGCCAAACAGCCCCCAGAAUGCCUCAAGGACUUGGGGAGAAAACAUCCCUUUCAAAAACAGUCAUGGAAAGCAGAGUGGCCACCCAACAUUUUUGGUAACUAGACGUAAACCUCUACAAGACAGACAGGAUAGAAGAAAUAGUAGAUUGAAGGAAGGCCUUCCAUUAAUUAGGACACGAAGAAAGAAAAAGGAAGAGAAGCCUGCAUACCAUGUUCCUGUAUCUCCAAGGAGUUUUCACCCUCUGAGAGGAGAGGUCAAUGCCUCAUUUUCAGACAGAAGACAUAAUCAUUCAUUGUUACUCCAUGCGUCCAAUGAAACAUCUCUUUCCAUAGACCUCAAUCAGACAUUCCCCUCUAUGAAUCUUAGCCUUGCAGCCUCACUUCCUGAUCAUGACCAGACCUCACCAAAUGACACCAGUCAGACUAGCUCCCCUCCAGAUCUUAAUCCGACAGUGAGCCCAGAGGAACACUAUCAAACAUUCCCUAUUCAAGACUCUGAUCCAACACAUUCUACUACAGCCCACAGUAACAGAUCUCCUCCCACACAGCCCAGCCAGAUACCCAACUAUGACCGAAGAAACAAGGUCAUCCCUACUGAUGUGAGUCAAAUUUUCCCUUCCUUGGAACUUGAAGUCUGGCAGACAGCUACCUCUCUAGACCUCACUCAACCAUCCAUCUCCCCAGACCUUGGCCAGAUGGCCCCUACCCCAGACCUUGGCCAGGAGUCUCUCUCUCCAGACCUCAGCCAGGAGUCUCUCUCUCCAGACCUUGGCCAGACGGGCCUCUCUCCAGACCUCAGCCAGGAGUCUCUCUCUCCAGAGCUUGGCCAGACGGCCCUCCCUCCAGACCUCAGCCAGGAGUCUCUCUCUCCAGACCUUGGCCAGACGGGCCUCUCUCCAGACCUCAGCCAGGAGUCUCUCUCUCCAGACCUUGGCCAGACGGCCCUCCCUCCAGACCUCAGCCAGGAGUCUCUCUCUCCAGACCUUGGCCAGACGGGCCUCUCUCCAGACCUCAGCCAGGAGUCUCUCUCUCCAGACCUUGGCCAGACGGGCCUCUCUCCAGACCUCAGCCAGGAGUCUCUCUCUCCAGACCUUGGCCAGACGGCCCUCCCUCCAGACCUCAGCCAGGAGUCUCUCUCUCCAGACCUUGGCCAGACGGGCCUCUCUCCAGACCUCAGCCAGGAGUCUCUCUCUCCAGACCUUGGCCGGACGGCCCUCUCUCCAGACCUCAGCCAGGAGUCUCUCUCUCCAGACCUUGGCCGGACGGCCCUCUCUCCAGACCUCAGCCAGGAGUCUCUCUCUCCAGACCUUGGCCGGACAGCCCUUUCUCCAGACCUCAGCCAGGAGUCUCUCUCUCCAGACCUUGGCCAGCUUGAUCUCAAGCAGACAUCACCUCCUCUGGAUCUUGAUCAGACAUCCCACACUUCUGAAUCAAGUCAGUCAUUGUCUCUUCCAGAAUUUGGUCAGACUUUCCCUUAUGCAGAUAUUGGUCAGAUGCCAUCUCCUCCACCAGACUCCACACUAAAUAACACUUUUAUACCAGAAGAAUUUAAUCCACUGGUUGUAGUAGGCCUCAGUAGAGAUGAUGGAGAUUAUAUUGAAAUUAUUCCAGGGCAGAAGGAAGAGAGCAGUGAAGAAGACUAUGGUGAAUUUGAAUUUGUAGCCUAUAAUGACCCUUACCAAACUGAUCUUAGGACAGAUAUCAGCUCCUCCAGAAAUCCUGACAACAUUGCAGCAUGGUACCUCCGCAGCAACAAUGGAAACAGAAAAAAUUAUUACAUUGCAGCUGAAGAAAUAUCCUGGGAUUAUUCAAAAUUUGUGCAAAGUGAAGACACUGAUGAUGUUCCAGAGGACACCGUAUACAAGAAAGUAGUUUUCCGAAAGUACCUUGAUAGCACUUUUACCAAACUUGAUCCUCAGGGGGAGUAUGAAGAACAUCUUGGCAUACUUGGUCCAGUCAUUAGAGCUGAAGUGGAUGAUGUUAUACAAGUUCGUUUUAAAAAUUUAGCAUCCAGACCAUAUUCUCUUCAUGCCCAUGGGCUUUCCUAUGAAAAAUCAUCAGAAGGAAAGACUUAUGAAGAUGACUCUCCUGAAUGGUUUAAGGAAGACAAUGCUAUUCAGCCCAAUAGCACUUAUACCUAUGUAUGGCACGCCACUACACGAUCCGGGCCAGAAAACCCUGGAUCUGCCUGUCGGGCUUGGGCCUACUACUCAGCAGUGAACCCAGAGAAAGAUAUCCAUUCAGGCUUGAUAGGGCCUCUUCUGAUCUGCCGGAAAGGGACACUUCAUAAGGAGACCAACAUGCCUGUGGACAUGAGAGAAUUUGUCCUACUUUUUAUGGUCUUUGAUGAAAAGAAGAGCUGGUAUUAUGACAAGAAGCCCACAAGGUCUUGGAGACACGCAUCCUCAGAAGUCAAAAACUCCCAUGAGUUUCAUGCCAUCAAUGGGAUGAUCUACAACUUGCCCGGCCUGAGAAUGUACGAGCAAGAGUGGGUGAGGCUGCACCUGCUGAACUUAGGCGGCUCCCGAGACAUUCACGUGGUUCACUUUCAUGGCCAGACCUUGCUAGAAAACGGCACUCAACAGCACCAGUUAGGGGUUUGGCCCCUUAUGCCUGGUUCAUUUAAAACUCUUGAAAUGAAGGCAUCAAAACCUGGCUGGUGGCUCCUAGACACAGAAGUUGGAGAAAUUCAGAGAGCAGGGAUGCAGACACCAUUUCUCAUCGUAGACAGAGAAUGUAAGAUGCCAAUGGGACUAAGCACUGGCCUGAUAGCUGACUCACAGAUCCAGGCUUCUGAGUUUUGGGGUUACUGGGAACCCAAAUUAGCAAGAUUAAACAAUGGUGGAUCAUACAAUGCUUGGAUCGCAGAAAAACUUUCAACAGAAUUUAACCCUCAACCUUGGAUCCAGGUAGACAUGCAAAAGGAAGUCCUGCUCACAGGGAUCCAGACCCAGGGCGCCAAACACUACCUGAAGCCCUACUACACCACCGAGUUCUGUGUGGCUUACAGCUCUGAUCAGAAAAACUGGCGGAUCUUCAAAGGGAACAGCACAGAGAAUGUGAUGUAUUUUGGUGGCAAUUCAGAUGCUUCUACAAUCAAAGAGAAUCAGAUUGACCCACCUGUUGUGGCUAGAUACAUUAGGAUCUCUCCAACUAGAUCCUAUAACAAACCUGCCCUUCGAUUGGAACUGCAAGGUUGUGAGGUUAAUGGAUGCUCCACACCGCUGGGUAUGGAAAGUGGAAAGAUAGAAAACAAGCAAAUCACUGCUUCUUCGUUUAAAAAGUCUUGGUGGGGAAAUUACUGGGAACCCUUCCUUGCUCGUCUUAAUGCCCAGGGCCGUGUAAAUGCCUGGCAAGCUAAGGCAAACAACAACAAUCAGUGGUUACAAAUUGAUCUGCUCAAAAUCAAGAAGAUAACUGCGAUUGUAACACAAGGUUGCAAGUCUCUGUCCUCUGAAAUGUAUGUGAAGAGCUACACCAUCCAUUACAGUGACCAGGGCAUGGACUGGAAACCUUACAGGGAGAAAUCCUCAAUGGUGGACAAGAUUUUCGAAGGAAAUAAUAAUGUCAGAGGACAUGUGAAGAACUUUUUCAACCCACCAAUCAUCUCCAGGUUUAUACGCGUCAUUCCUAAAACAUGGAAUCAGAGUAUUGCACUUCGUUUGGAACUCUUUGGCUGUGAUAUUUACUAG